GUGGUCGGUUCGGGCGCCGGGGCCGCGUGGCUCGCAAAAGGAAACAGCCGCCAGAUGUGUCCAAACACCGGUGAAGGUUUCGAUUCCAUCGAGCAACACCUCUCUAUUUGCCCGGCGGUUGGGCGCGUUCCCCUCUACGCCGGAGACGAGGUAAGACUCGCUCGGCUGACCGCGGCGCAGUUGAACGGCAAGGUCGGUGUGCUCCAGCACUUUGCCCGAGACCGCCAGCGCUGGGUCGUGAGACUCGACGGUCGUGAUGCGCUUUUCAAGGCGGCAAACUUGGACAAGGUGUGA